GCCGCCGCUCUCGCUUCUAUGGCAACCCGACAGAUCAGCAUCACCAUGAAUAUUCACGGGAUCAGAGCGACUCGGGACGCGGCGGAAGGCGGUGAUGUGGGCAACUCGAUCGCGGGCGUUUGCUUGUGAUUGACAGCCGACGGGGAUCCUGAGGGUCCGUGACCUCCGCUCCGCGAAUCUGCGAUUCCUCAGACUUUAUACGUGCUUCGCGGAGCAACACAGUCAGUGCCUUGAAGCUGGAGACCACUGGAUCGGGCGAAUUUGGGCAGCCAGGUAGCCUAAUGCGCCGUGGCAUGUGCUUGAGCGAAAGACAGGUGGGUUUGACCCUUCAGACUAUUCGGGUUCUGGUGCACAGGGAUUUGUGGCAAUAAUUACACCCGGACUGGAUUCGUUUGUCAUUGAAUUGAUCGCGCACCCGUUUCAAUGUCAUAAUGGACAGGUUGCAUUCGUCCAUGCGUAAAAGGCUCUACAGUUUGCCACAGCACAUCGGGCAGAAAGCGUCCAUCAUGGGUGAUGCAGAAGACGCGGACAAGGACACCCGGAGGAAGAGCAUCCGGAUGAAGCCCCUGCCUUCGCCGACCUCCGCCGGAGCCCUCGGGGAGACCAGAAGCGGAGAGUCCGUGAUCAUGGAGACGGACAUCGGGAGACCCGUGAAGACCAGCUCCAACGGGGACUGCCGGAGGUUCCGAGGCAGCCUUUCUUCCAUCACCAGUCGGCACGUCCACGACUCGGAUGUAGCGGAGGAAAGGCGCCUGAUCGCGGAGGGAGAAGUCACUCCGAGCGAGGAGAGCCCUCCCGGAGCCGCUGGUGGCGGCGCGGAGCCCGGCGGCGGGGGAGAGGAUGCCGCCGGUGCGAGCCAGCAGCAGCAGCAGCAGCAACCGGGCGUCCCGGAUCAGCAGCCUGGCUUUAUAAAGCUGGAGGGCAUCGAGCAGAUCCUUCCUGACGACGAGAGGUACUAUCAAGCGGGCUUCAUGCACAGGCAGUUCGGGGCGAUGCUGCAGCCCGGGGUCAACAAGUUUUCCCUGAGGAUGUUUGGGAGCGAGAAGGCGGUGGAACGGGAGCAAGAACGGGUCAAAUCCGCCGGCUUCUGGAUUAUUCACCCCUACAGUGAUUUCAGGUUUUACUGGGAUCUCACCAUGCUGCUCCUGAUGGUGGGAAAUCUCAUCAUCAUUCCCGUGGGCAUCACCUUCUUCAAGGACGAGCACACGCCACCGUGGAUCGUCUUCAACGUGGUUUCCGACACCUUCUUCCUCAUGGACCUGGUGCUGAACUUCCGCACAGGAAUUGUGAAAGAAGACAACGCAGAGAUCAUUCUGGACCCUCAGCAGAUCAAGAUCAAAUAUCUGCGCUCAUGGUUCGUGGUGGACUUCAUCUCCUCCAUCCCCGUGGACUACAUCUUCCUCAUUGUGGAGACGCGCAUCGAUUCGGAUUUCUACAAGACGGCGCGAGCUCUGAGGAUCGUACGCUUCACCAAGAUCCUCAGUCUGCUGCGUCUGCUGCGGCUCUCCAGGCUCAUACGCUACAUUCAUCAGUGGGAGGAGAUUUUUCAUAUGACCUACGACCUGGCCAGCGCAAUGGUGCGAAUCGUCAACUUGAUUGGAAUGAUGCUGCUGCUCUGUCACUGGGACGGAUGCCUGCAGUUCCUGGUGCCCAUGCUGCAGGAUUUCCCCGCCGACUGCUGGGUGUCCAAGAACAAGAUGGUGAACGACACGUGGGGUCAGCAGUAUUCUUACGCUCUCUUCAAGGCCAUGAGCCACAUGCUGUGUAUUGGAUAUGGCAUGUACCCACCUGUCGGCAUGACAGACGUGUGGCUGACCAUCCUCAGCAUGAUCGUGGGUGCGACCUGCUAUGCCAUGUUUGUCGGCCACGCCACGGCGCUCAUCCAGUCUCUGGACUCCUCGCGCAGGCAAUAUCAGGAGAAGUACAAACAGGUGGAGCAGUACAUGUCCUUCCAUAAGCUGCCGGCAGACAUGAGACAGAGGAUCCACGAUUACUAUGAGCACAGAUACCAGGGGAAGAUGUUUGAUGAAGAGAGCAUUCUGGGAGAACUGAAUGAGCCACUGAGAGAGGAGAUCAUAAACUUCAACUGUCGGAAGCUGGUGGCGUCUAUGCCACUGUUCGCCAACGCAGACCCGAAUUUUGUGACGUCGAUGCUCACUAAACUUCGCUUCGAGGUCUUCCAGCCUGGAGAUUACAUCAUACGAGAAGGAACCAUCGGCAAGAAGAUGUACUUCAUCCAGCACGGCGUGGUGAGCGUCCUGACCAAAGGAAACAAGGAGACCAAGCUGUCAGACGGCUCCUACUUUGGAGAGAUUUGUCUGCUGACACGAGGCAGACGCACCGCCAGCGUCCGGGCCGACACAUACUGCCGUCUGUACUCUCUGUCUGUGGACAACUUCAACGAGGUCCUGGAGGAGUAUCCCAUGAUGAGGAGAGCCUUUGAGACCGUCGCUCUGGACCGUCUGGACCGCAUCGGCAAGAAGAACUCCAUUCUCCAGCACAAGGUCCAACAUGACUUGAAUUCAGGGGUUUUGAACUACCAGGAAAAUGAGAUCAUCCAGCAGAUCGUGCAGCACGAUCGAGACAUGGCUCACUGCGCCAACCUGAUGCAGAGUCCGUCUCCACCCGCUCCUCCGUCCCCGACUCCCGUCAUCUGGGCCCCCCUGAUCCAAGCGCCCCUGCAAGCUGCUGCCGCCACCACAUCGGUGGCUAUUGCACUAACCCACCACCCCAACCUCCCCGCCACUCUCUUCCGACCCCCGGUGUCCGUUCUCGGAGCGAGAAACGAGCCGCCCAGCCGACUGAAGAGGUUUCAGACGCACGCACCGAAACCAGGAGACUCUCCAUCCGGUUCGCCAUCAAAGACUCGUCCGGGAGUCGACACACCGCUUCUCGCAUCCCUUCGAACGCAGCACUCAUCAGGAGCCACCGCUUCCAGCCAGCAAGCCGGGAUUACGCCGUUUCCGUUCGGAAGCUUCUCUUCCUCGUCGGCGUCUCCGACUUCCAGCACCGCACAGCUCCAUUCGCAGCCAAGGCAGAAGCGAGCCGGCACUCCUCCGCAAGCGGGAAUUCCGACUGGGAUCUUGGCUACGACCUCGUCGAACGCCAGCCCUCUUUCCGCAGGCUUCUUCAGUCACGCACCCAGUCAGCCGCUGCACGGCCAACCCCCGCCGAAACCUUCCCUGCAGCAGUUCGCUACCGGAGGGGGCAAGACUUCCACCGGGUCGAACCUCUACCGCACACCCCCGCCCGGAUCCCCUGCCUCCAGCCGUUCCCAAGCCCCCGAGACUUCCACGUCAUCCCAGGUUCCGCCCAUUUUAUCCACUUACCUACCUUUGGAAAGGUCAGCGCUGGCCUCGCUAGCUCAGUACGGCUCAGCGAAUGCCUCGCCAUGCUACACCCCUCUCGCCCCGAGUCCGACAGUCCAGAGCCCCGUCACGGGGAGAACUUUCCACUACAGUGACCCUUCCAGCGCCGCCGGCUCCCACUCCUCCCUGCUCCUCCCGCAGUCCUCCUGCCCCGGCCAGCUCCCGGGUCACCACUCAUCCGGCACAGACUCUCCGCUGGGCCGCUUUUAUGAGGAUUUGAACAUACUUUCCAGCUCCCAUCCCGUGGAGGCAGCGGGUCAGUCUUCCCCUCGGGAGCCCGGUUACUGCCUCUCGCCGUAUUCGUCCCCGACGCUCACCCCAAAACCCUGUAGCUCGGUAUCAGGGCACAUGGCCGGCCCGGUACAGACUUCACCGGGCUCUCGAGGCCGAGCUCGUUCUAUAGGGACGUCACCUGCACUUUCUUUCCCGCACGCGACGGACGGACACCCGUCCGAACUAGAACCGCUCCGUUCGAAGCUCCCUUCCAAUUUGUGAGGCUAAAUCACACCCUCCUAACUCAGUACUAGCGAUCUUCCUCCGUGUGGCAUUUGACGUUUUCUUUCAUUAUCUCUGUAUCGGCACUGUGUUUUAAUCUUAAUCAUUUUUAAAUAUCUAAAUAUUCCUGUGAUUUAAAAGAAAUGAGGUUAACUUAGAGCUUUAGAUUUCUCUUUCAUUUUGCUUUGGUAUCCUCCUUUUUCAUUCAUGAAUAUAUAUAUAUAUAUAUAUAUGGAAUUAUAUAUUUAAAUAUAUGUUAAUCAGUCUAUAGGAGGGUGUGAAACGCUACAUAUAUUGAGACUAAAUAAGGACAAUUUAGUUUAUUUUAUACCUAUGCCAAAUGCAUCCGCAAGAGUUUGGUUAUUAAUACUGACGUGGACAGGAACCAGUGGACUCUUUUGCAGGAACCUAUGCACUCACGCCUGCAUAUGACAACUAAUUUUUGUCUGAUCCAAAACACCUUUUUAGUCACCCUAAUGAGGAUCGCAUAUUGCCGAUCUUGAAUCUAAGGGGUUAUUUAAGGGUUUGUUCAUCCUGCAAUGUGUUGGGACCCUUCCGAGGUGGAGAGGAGAACAUAGGAAAACCAAAAAAAUCCCAAUCAGCGUUCUCUUUAGUAUUUCUUUCUUUUCUUUCAGCCACACUGUAGUAAUAUCAGCGGGCAUUGAGUGGGCGUCAGGCGAGAGUUGAAGAAACGUCCCAACUAAAUCACAAUUCACUUGUGUCUUCCAGGAUCAUACGACAGUGUAGCCCUGCAGACUGUGUGUGCGUGCGUGCGUGUGUGUGUGUGUGUGUUACGUCUUGAUGCAAGUGGCAAUCAAGUUAGACUUACCAAGAAUAGAUUUGCCUUGUCACAGCAGAGAAGAAACGGAAAACCUCCCUGCAACAUUUCUUGUUUGUACAUAAAAUAAGCCAACAACAUUAGUCAAAAAGCUGCUCAAAGGUGAUUUAGUUUGUUUUUUUCUAUAUCUUUAGCUGCUAAUCGAUUAGGUGGAAUGGAGGGAAGGAUUCUGAAUGUACCGUGUGAGUCCAAACUAUGACGAACAAAUCCGUUCAGGGCUGGUGAUUGAAGAUCUCAGCAGACCUCUGUCGCACACACCUGGGUCCCUCACAGGUCACGACUCUCAGCCACAGCUGUCUGAUUUAAAAGGACAGACGGGCACAUUUGGGCGACCUUUGACCCUUGUCAGCUUGAGAUCAGGACAACACGAUGACCAGCGUCAGACAGACAGGCUGGAAUUGUAAUGAUGCACAAAACAUGAUUCAUUUUAAGAAAAUGAAAAUGAACACACAUUAUUGUUUAAACGUUUGCAAUCAGCAGGAUUUUUACAUUUUUUCAAAGAAGUCUCUUCUGCUCAUCGAGGCUGCAUUUAUUUGAUAAAAAAUACAGUGCAAACGGUGAUAUUGUGAAAUAUUAAUACAGUUUAAGAUAUUGUUUUUAUUUUCAUAAGCCAUUAUGAUUUUUCAUAAGCUAUUACUCCAGUCUUUAGUAUCACGAUUCUUCAAAAAUCAUUUUUAUAUUCUAAUAUUUUUUUUUUGGAACCUGUGAUACUUUUUACAGAAUUCUUAGCUGAAUAAAAAGUUACAAAUCUUUUGUAACAAUAUAAAAAUCUUUAUUACUUUAGAUCAAUUCUUUGAUUAAUAAAAUGCAUUCAUUUCUUUAAAAAAAAAAACGAAAGAUCUUACUAAUCCCAAACUUUUUGAUUAUAGCGUAACACAAUAUAUGGUAUAUUUUUAAUGACUGAUCAGUAAAUGGAUAAUUGACAAGAAAUUAUUUUUUUUCAAAUGUCUAGAAAUGUCAAUGUCUGUUUUUAUUUCUAACAUUCAGAAAGUCAAAAUGUCUACAUUUAUAUAUUUAGUUUAUUUAUACUAUAUAUAGAGAGAGAGAGAUAGAAAUAAUCGUUUUCCUCUCUAUAUAAAAGUCACUAUUAUUUCUAAAGGCCUGUUUGAGAUUUUUCCCCUGUUCUUUCUCACCCUCAGUGUGUCGCGAAGUGAACUACAGCAUUUAUACACACCUGAGAGCGUCUGACCUGAAGAAAGUUCAUAAGUUGUGAAAACUCCUCAACUUUUGUGAAGUGAGCGAGACGGGGGGAGAAAGGGAGACGGGAAGCACAAAUGCAACGAGACACUGAUGUAUUGAGGAGGUGAUGUGUGCUGACUGGCAGCCAGGGGCCCGGCAGGUAGGCAGGACCCCCGCGGGCCCCUCACCGUGAUGAGAGGUUUGUUCGGGGAGCCUCCGCGUGUCUUCUGAUUGUUUCUCAGGGCUCUUAGAAGUUUCCAGAGGGGGUAGAAUAUUGAUUGGGGAGCAUUUGAGAAAUUUUUUUUUGUGACAGUUACAUAAAUAAAUAAAAACACAAAGGGAACCGGAGGGAGCUGAACCUGUGCCGGCUGAUGGGAAGCAGAAAGAGAAGGAAUCAAGGCGAACGAGUGACUGAUUAGAGAAGUGUAGCGCGAAAUCCAGAGCAAAGCCAUCAAACACGAUACUGUCACUCCACUGAAUCAGAGCCUCUUCCUGACAAUCAGAAUCCCAGAAUCAUUGGUUUUAAAUGCUACUAAAAUCUCUCUAGAAGAUGCAAAAGCAUGCAUAGAAAAGAGUCUUGUCUUAUCUGCUUUGAGCAACUGAUGAUCACUUGGUGGUGACUGCUGUUAUUCAUGGAACACGAGCAGAGCAUUUGUGUCAGUCACUACCAUUCAACUCUUAACGCUCAUCAAGGCUGCAUUUAAUUGAUCAAAAAUACAGUAAAAACGUGAAAUAUUAUUCGAAUUUCAACUGAGUGCGUUCUUUGUGAAUAUGUUGUAAAAUGUUAUUUAUUCCUGUGAUCAAAGCAGAAUUUUCAACGUCACACGAUUCUUCAGAAAUCAUUGCUGAUCUGCUCAAGAAACCGCGUCGAAAUCAGUUGUGCCGCUUCAUGGGUUCGUAGAAACCUUUUCAGGAUCUGUGAUGAACAGGAAGUUCAAAAGAGCAGGAUUUAUUUGAAACAGGAAUCCUUUGUAACGUUAUAAAUGUCUUUACUCUCACUUUUGAUCAGUUGAACGCAUCCUUGAUGAAUUUCAAAAAACUCGCUCACCCAUACAGACAAAUCAAACUGGCACGAUUGAAUGACGUGUUUUAUGUUCUGCUUGUGUUUCACAUAUAAGGCCUAUAGAUGUUCUAUAAUCCAUUAUAAUCCAUUCUUUCUAUCACAACUGACCACUUUCCCAUGAAUCUCUUUGUCCUAAAGCAACAUGGGAAACUCUUUUAUUGAGCGUCAAACAUGUAUGAUUCCCUGCCGUUGCUUUCUGUGCGAUUCAGGGACAUAUUUACAGACGCAGCAGGAAGUCGAAUCUGGACAUGAUCCACCUGGCACCAAGCAACGCUUCGGUUUGUCUGCCAGUUUUUAUAACACAAUUCUAAUUCCAUUUGGGAGCGUUCCCAAUUCUGACAGCUAAUCUUACGCCGGCUCCGUUUGCUUUGUGCCGUGAAGGAGCCCCCGCGAAACGGCUCUGCAAGACGGUAAUAAAAUCAAUGGCAGUGAUUGAGGAUUAGAUUUCACACUUACCAAGACGCGUGGAGAAAAGGAUGCGGUGCUUUGACUGGCACCAUCAUCUCUAAUUCAUGCCUACAGAUGUGUUCUGGGAGUCUCUGCGGUGGGACGUGUGUCAAACAGGCAGCGUUCAAACUCACACGGGUCACGGGGGUUCAUGACCCGGACAGAACCAGAGAGCGGUACAUUACCGUUAUGUACCUGACAGGGAAUCACGGAAUAGUUGACGUGAGAACCAGCCUCACGCAAGACUUUGAUUCUUGGUCAGAUUUGGAGAAACGUAGCACUGCAUCGUUUGUUCACCGACGGAUCCUCUGCAGUGAAUGGGUGCCGUCAGAACCAGAGUCUAAAAGGCAAAAGAUGCAUGUCAGAAACAAAUCUAUAAAAGGUUUUUAACCUAAAACCAUUGAGUCCGUAGUCCAUGCUUCCUCAUGUGAAUCAGGAAAGAAAUAAGUAGAUAUCAAGUACUGUUUAUAAGCCGAAACGGCUGGGAACAAAUAUGUGGGCUGAUUUUGAUGCAAGAGAAAGAACAGGAUAUGGAUUUUUUCACUGGAGGAAGCAUAUUAUGGAUUUUUGUAUGUAGCUAUAAAAUCAAAACGAACGUUCUUUUUUACAAACACGCAGCUUUUGUCUUGACAGAAUGUUAACUGAUAGACUGGAGUGCUGUGGAUUAUCCAGAUGUUUUUAACAGCUGUUUGGACUCUCAUUCUGACGGCACCCAUUCACUGCAGAGGAUCUACCGGUGAGCAAGUAAUGCAACAUUUCUCUAAAACCCAUCCAUCUGGCUUGGCCUGAGGGUGGGUAAAUUGUGAGCAGAAAAAAGCGUUUUUGGGUGCACCAUUCCUUUCAGCGGCAGUGUUGUUGGUUUCUCUAGAUCAAAUGUAGCCAAUUUUUACAGGGUGACAAACUCUGUCUGGACGGUGGAAUGAAGUUCAACUGUUACAUUUAGAAUUGAAAUGCUUCAUUUUGAGGCAGACAUGCCUGGCUGAAGGACACGUGUUUUAUUUUUUGUUUCGUUUUUUAAGAGGGCUCAGUUAGUAUUUUUUCCACAGCACUGUUUGAACCCACCUCACUGUGUGUUUAUAAAACGAUGAUAUUAUUUAUUCCUCUGCGUUUCUUUUGGCGUUCCUGACAUGGUUUGUGACAUUCACCAAAUCAUUUGAUGUUUCUUCCUCUGAUCUCUGGUUAUUCCAUUUGACAGCGUCAUGUUAAUGCACCGGAAAUUUCACCAAGUCACUGAAAUACACUUUAGCACUUUCUUCAGGACAAUAAUGAAGACACAACGCUUGAACUGAGAGACCGAUCGGAUCAAUCAGAGAAUGUCAAUCUAUUGAUCAGUUUUUUGGGGUUUUUGUUCCUAUGAAAUCUAUAAACCUGGGGAAACAGCAAUAAGCGUGAUGUGAGCGUCAGACGUGUUGGGGAUGACUCUGUUCACCUGCGGUUCAGGACCAAUCAGAACCUGGAUGGACAAUAAGCACACGAACUGGAUAUUAUUAAGAAAAGA